AUGGCCGGGGCCAAGCUAGUCUCCAAUGCAGGGUUCGACUCGGCCAUGAUCGGCGGCAGCGGCGACAUCAACGGUACCGAAGCUGCGUCCGUGACCACCACGGCUUGGGUGACAGCCACUGCUGCGGCGGACGCUAGCGGCACCGCGUCCGGCCAAGGCAGCGUUGGCGCUCUCGGACCGACCCCCAUCCAGGGCCCCUCCAUGGCCAUGAUAGCUACGACAGUCGGCGGCGUCGUCGCCGGCCUGCUUGCACUCAGCAUCAUGCUGGGCUACCUCGUCUCCCGCAACAGCCGCCGUCGCCGCCAGCGCGAGCAACAGCAGCAAAAGGCACACGCGCCAGAUAUUGGCUUCAAGUACGACGAGGCGGGCAUCAACGUGUCGACGACCAUCGACCAACGCGAGUUCUACAAGGCCCCGAGCGUGACGACCCAGGCCUCGUCGGAUGGCAGGCCGGGGGCUGACCAGGGAGAAAACGGGCUAGCACAGGGCCGGGUGGUGAGCGCAGUGAGGGACUACAUUAGUAGCAUUGGGCGCGCAAAGUGGAAUGAAAAUUAUGUCAACCCUGGAAUAUAUAUAUCACAGGGAGUGUAG